AUGCACGUUAGAAGCAAUGGGUGGCAGAUGCGCGCCCAUGAUGCGCUGCUCUUUGCUUUGACGGGCUUGUUUUGGGAGCUCUGCUCCACCGCUGCUGCGCCCAGCGAUGUCGAGUCAAAGGACCCGGCAGACUGGGCUGCAGGUGUAUCCGAGGCUGUUUGGCAUCGUGGCGAGAUGCCGAAACAGACGGACUUUUCAGAAGGUUUCGGGGCUGCCACCUCGCCUUGGGCAAGUCACAGGUUGGACCCGAGCAGGCACAGAAGGCAGCCGCCAAAGCUGUUGCAAUCCUUUGCAAUUCCAGACUGCAGCUUCUUCUUAACGUCGUCUCCGAAUCGUCUCCCUGUGAAUGGCCACGACAGGGGCUGCAUGUAG